UCUGGGCCUGCGCCGCUCGCUGGCUCGUCGGGUGCUUUACCUCCUCCUGCGGCUUCCUCUGCAAUUGCGGGUCCGCGGAGCCGACGGGAUUCCGCGCCUCCCUACGCUCGCGGUUGCCAGCGCCCCGAUUGUUGCUGGGUCGUCCUGAGGCGCAGGCGGUGUAGUCCUCUUUACCCAGCAAGGUCAAGCCCGUGGUAGCAUCCGGCAGGGAAAUGGUCGUGGUUUCGGUGCCCGCCGAAGUCACCGUAAUCCUGUUAGAUAUCGAAGGUACCACAACCCCGAUUGCUUUCGUGAAGGACAUUUUAUUUCCUUACAUCAGAGAAAAUGUUAAGGAGUACCUGCAGACACACUGGGCCGAGGAGGAGUGUCAGCAGGAUGUCAGCUUGCUGAGGAAGCAGGCUGAAGAAGAUGCACACCUGGAUGGGGCUGUCCCAAUCCCUGGGGCAUCUGGAACCGCAGUGGAUGAUCUACAGCAGAUGAUCCAGGCUGUGGUUGAUAACGUUGACUGGCAGAUGUCUCACGACCGCAAGACCACAGCGCUCAAACAGCUGCAGGGCCACAUGUGGAAGGCGGCUUUCACAGCUGGCCGCGUGAAGGCAGAGUUCUUUGCAGAUGUGGUGCCGGCAGUCAGAAGGUGGAGAGAGGCUGGAAUGAAGGUCUAUAUCUAUUCCUCAGGGAGCGUGGAGGCACAGAAGCUGCUCUUUGGGCAUUCCACAGAGGGAGACAUUCUUGAGCUUAUUGAUGGCUACUUUGAUACCAAGAUUGGACACAAAGUGGAGAGUGAGAGUUACCGAAAGAUCGCAGAUAGCAUUGGCUGCUCAACCAACAACAUCUUGUUUCUCACAGACGUUACUGUAGAGGCCAGCGCUGCUGAGGAAGCAGAUGUGCACGUGGCUGUGGUGGUGAGACCUGGCAAUGCAGGAUUGACAGAUGACGAGAAAACAUCCUACAACCUCAUCACGUCCUUCAGCGAGCUCUACCUGCCAUCAGCGUAGAGCAGCCUCUGAGG